AUGAUGUCCCGUCCUCGUAAUGACCUCGCGACGCGCAAAGUCCUUCCAGCUCGUUCAUCUCGCGGCACGCGCAUCCACAAACUCAUUGGAGAAGAAGCAGAAAUCGAUGCGUCGUUCUGGGGCCACUCGGCAUGGCACGAAGACGGCGAAGACGAGGACUAUUCAACUGAAGCAGAAGAGGAGGACGUCGUCGACUCGGACUUUGACCAAGAAGAACAUCCGGAUAUUGACGUCCACGACGACGAAGAUAAUGCUGACGACAAGGUGACAAAACGUAAACGCUCCGGGACAAAUUCUGGACGAUACAAAGAGCCGCUUUCAAAUCCAGCUCUAAAACGUAAAGUAUCUGAAAAUAGGUCUACACUCCCUGCAGCGCCUACUUCGUCCAUGACAUCACUGUAUCAGUACGUGGCGCCAACAGUUCGGUCAUCGACUGUGAAGAAGUCGUCCGAGUCGUCUGAAAUGAGAAGACAAGCGUCGCAUCAAGCGGCCAAAUUGGCCGCGAAGCACAAGAAAGGGACAGUCGAGAAGGUUGGCAGUCGGUUGACCCAGGCUCAAUUAUUGGCCGAAGCAGUGAGGACGGAGGUGGAGAAUACGCAGUCACUCCAGCGACUGGAGCAGCUGGAGGAGGAGAAGAAAGUGGAGAGUCUUGUGCCGAAAGCACCGUCCGUGGGUCGCAUGGUGCGGUAUUAUAGCAAAUUGGAUACGCCCAAGACAAUCACGUUCUUGAAUGCACUCGACUUCCCGCCGAUCUUUAAUCAGUUGAAACCGAAGAAACCGAUCAGUGCACAGCAACAGAAGAUGGACAGGAGACGACGAGAGGCGGAGGAAAAGGUGGAGCAUGAGAACGCUUGUGUGGACAAGGAGACGUUUGAAGAGAAGGACGCGCGACAACAUGGUUUGUUACAAAGUAGUACCCCUCGAUCAGGUGCGAAAGCAGCGGUAGCAUGA